UGAUGAUCUUCUGUCCAUUGCUUUCAGCAGCAGCAGCAGCAGUCUUUCUUCACACUUGUCUUCACACAUGAUGCAUAAUCAAUUUCCGCCUCCGCCUCCGUCUCCGGCGGCGGCGGCGGCGGCGGACCAGCGGCGGUACGGUGAGGAAUCUACGGGGUAUCUAGAAGAUGUGCUGUGGGAAUACUUCAGCUCCAAGAGAAGACGGCUUCUAAUGCCUGACCAAUCGGAGAUCCACACGUCGCCAAAUAACCUGGAGAAAUGGUGGAGAGCAUCAGAAGUUGAAGAAUGCAGCAGCAGCAGCCGUUUAACUACGAGGAGUACUACUGCUGUAUCUGUAUCAUCAUCAUUAAUUACAAAUAAUAAUAAUAACAAUAAUAAUCAAGAUUCCUCAAAAUCAACGACGCCUGAAGAGGAAGGAAUCUGGGAAGGCACUACUACAGCUAUACAUACAAAAACAUUACAGAUGCAGAAACCCAAUCCAAAUCCACCCUGUAUCAUCCGGUCAGGUCAGCAUGAUAUUAAGAAAGAAUCGAAGAAAAAGAUGUUGGCAAAAGUAGCUUAUCCAUUCGCAAUGGUGAAACCCGGAGGUUGCGAAGGCGACUUGACGCUGAAUGACAUAAAUGAGCGGAUCUUAAUGCCGCCGACAAGGCCGGUGCGGCACCCGGUGGGGGACUACGCUUUCCGGCCAAUGAUCUCGCCGGAGGGGCCGGGACUUUCCGGCAAGGCGGUGGUGGCAUUCACUAGAAUACAUACACAAGGGCGGAGAGGUACAAUAACCAUCAUUCGGACAAGAGGAUGAUCGUGAAAUAAUAUUAUUAGACAUGAUCUGGAAUUGAAUGAUAAUUACGAGAUUAAUUUUCGGAUGUGUGUAUAUAUAAAAUUAUAUGUAAUUUUUUAUUUUUUUGUUUGGGAUUAAAUAUAUUAGAAUGAUAAUAAUGAAACUUAGUUGCAAGUGGUGAGAUUUGUUUUCAAAUUAUUGAAAAU